GAAUAGAUCCCAUCAUCCCCCCUACUGCGCGGAGGGAAUGGUUCAACCCGCUGAGAGGGAGAGAGAGAGGGAGACUGGACGCACAAAGGAAGUGCACAUUCUGAUCGUUCUGAAUGGAGAUAAUUGGGUACAUGAUGUAAACACGGAAUAAAUAUCGAAAGGCGUCGUUCCAUUUUUUUUGCCCCCCUCCGUCCAUCCGCCGCAGUUGUCCAUUAAAGGUGUUUAAUAAUAUAUGAGGUAGUAGCUAUACUGGCUGCGCGUCUGUCUGUGCAGAGAAAGAAAGGCAGCCAGAGAGAGAGGAACUGAAGCCAAGAGUGAAGGAGAGGGAAGAGGAGUUGAGCUUUGUUUCAUCCUCGCUUUGGUGAGGUUUCUGGAGUUUCCCGCCUGCUUUGGAGACGUGAUGUUGGACUGGAAAAGCUAACCAAGUUCAACGAGGGACGGGAUUUUUUUUUUCCUUCUUUUUUUAUCUGCGCUUUGGAGCUGCGAAAAUGACAAUAGAAGAGAACGCCAAUAUGUUGCAUUUGUGAGACAUGAAGAGUUCACUGACCUGAAGAAGACAACCUUUUGAAGAAAUUUAACCACUGGGAUUUGGUACGUGAAUGAAUGCGGAGCUGUGUGUGGGCGUUUGGCUGGCAGCAACAGUCUGUGUGCCCCUCUCCAUCACCCCUUUCUACACGCCUCCUGUUUGUAGGCAAACACGUCUCCAUGGGUGAGGUCCACUGAGCCAGGAAUCCCUGUGUCUCUCACCCCUCCCUGCCUUCCUUGCUACCCUUAAACCCUUCCCCCCCUCAAGAGGAGCCACAAUGACUUCCACCAGCCAGCUUCUGGGUUUAGCCGAGAUGGGCCUAAAGUGUGACCAGGAGAUCGAGAGGAGGUAUGAGAUUGUGCCCUCGGUGGUCUGCUCCAUGUGCUGCCUCUUUGGAAUCAUCUACUGCUUCUUUGGCUAUCGAUGCUUCAAGGCAGUGUUGUUUCUAACAGGCCUGAUGUUUGGCUCUGUGGUCAUCUUCAUGCUGUGCUACAAGGAGAGGGUGAUGGACACUCAGCUGAGCGUAGAGGCAUCUGUCGGUAUUGGCCUGGGCAUUGGGACACUGUGUGGCCUGGUGACCAUGUUGGUCCGCAGCGUGGGCCUUUUUAUGGUAGGCCUGCUGCUGGGCCUGCUGGUUGGAGUUGCAUCACUUGUGGUUAUGGAGGAAUUCUAUCACCCUAAAACAGUAUGGGUUCCUCUGGGAAUCCUUCUGGGCUCUGGGACAUUGUUUGCCGUCCUCACUCUUCAGUGGCAACGGUGCUUCGUCACCUUCUCUACGGCAACAUUUGGCUCUGCCAUCAUCACUGUCACAGUGGAUUACUUUAUAGAGCUGUUUGCCUUGGUGCACUACAUCUAUGAGAGACUCAAGGUGGCACCAAAGAAGCCUGUCUGCUGGUUCACCUGGGUCAUCUUAGGGGUGUGGCCUGUCCUGACCCUCCUUGGAGUUCUGAUCCAAUGGAAAGUUACUGCAGAGGGAUUUUCUCACACGGAGGUGGUACUGAGUCGACAGCAGCGGCGGGUUCAGCUCAUGCGAAUCCGACAAAGAGAGGAAAAGCUGAAAAAAGAGAAGGAGAAGAAGAAGAAAAAACGUCAAAACCAGAAGACCACCCUCAAGCAGAAGGCUCAUACCCAUCACAGCCACCAUCACCAGCAGUACCACCACCCAGUGGUCUCCCACUCUCAUCACCAAACCCAGAGCUCUCAGCAACCUAAGGUCCCUCCUCCUCCUUCCCAGACAGAACCCGGCUACCACCGCAAACCCAACCCCAAAAGACGCUUUGAUGGAGAUGUGCUGUCUCCGAGCUACAUCAGGAGUUUCAGAGACAGACAGACAGAAAGACGGGCUUACUCCCACACUCGAAUGAGUCGCUCUCGGAUGGCUCAACUGGACUAUGACUGCGGCUCUCAAGUGCCUCUCACAGUCCCCAGUGGACCAGCAGUUCGGAUCUAAACACAUUCACACAAUCACUGUCUCCUUCAAAACUCUUGGACACCAACAGAAGUAAAAGACUUGAAACAGCCCUAUCUACUGUUAGUUUACCCAACUGAAGAUUACCAUAUUCUGAUCAUUUGUAACCCAAAAUGGUUUUGUCUUGUUUGGUGUUUUGCCAACCAUUUUGGUUUUCAGAAUGAUAAUGAACAAAGACUUUGGUUUUGGAGGGAGCACAAAUUGAUGGCCAUCCGAUUCUUCAUUUAGCGCCAGUGAAGCUUUUGCUUUCCAUCGAGGCACUGAAGAAAAUGGAGCUGUUUUAUAUGUUAUCAAGCAAACUGUUUCAGUAAUUUUUCAAUGUGACUGUUCUGGGAAGGGGAGAGGGCAUAUUUGUCAUACUCCGUAACAUCGCAGCUGAAAUGGAAUUGUGUGUAUUUUAGAGUAUCGGGGAACUGCAACUUUUUUUUUUUCUUCAUCUGUAUUCAGUAUCUCUACCUUCAAGGAAGUUAAAGGAUGACACACUUCACUUCAAGGGUUCUGAGGGGAGUGCUCAGUGAUAAAUGUUAAAACAAACUGAAGGUACAAUGCAAACACUGAACUGAAAGCUCUUACUGUUCAUUUUUUUCCACUUGGAGGUGUCUGUGUAAAGUAAGAUAUUUAUUUCACUGGGGUUAUUUUUUGAUCAGAGCUUGUUAAUACAGAAGAUAGCAAGUGGCUUGGAAAAUCCUGUGGGUUUUUUAAAGGGGGGUGAAUUGUAGGUGUGAAUCGAACUGAGCGGUUCAAACCAAAGAGGGGUUUUUUUUGUUAAUUCCUCUUCUAAAUUAGUAUUGCUUCCUGCAUAUUGUUCCAUUCUCCAAGGCAGAUGUGUUUACAUCUCAUCACUGACCUUCCUCCAUGUUUGGUCCCAACUGGUCUGCUUCUAUGUUUGAGUGGACACAUGAGCCCUACAGCUGAUGGGCUGGCCCAAUUAUUAGCAAACACGAGGGGGAUUCAUUUAAAUGUCAGAUGUGCAUGAUGUCCAAUUCUCUUCCUCCUCUUGUUUUACCACAUACUGCUUCGCUUGGAAGGAUUAACUUCUAAAGGUUUUUCAUGACAUGUUAUGUAAUGAAGAGGAGGCCUUAAAGAAAGAUUAGCUCAUUGAAAGAGGUAAGAAAAUGAAAGCAUCUGCAAAUGGCACCCUCUAAUGUUUACUGCUGGACCUGUCUUUUAGACUUUAUGUGUGUUUGUGUCAACAUACAUUUACAUGUUACUCUAUUUUUAAUUUAUGUAUUUCCUGCAAUUAAGAUGUUGAGCCACCAUCCAGAGAGGAGAGGUGGAUUUCAAUGUUUUAUGUAAAGAUGUAAUGUUUAACAUUAUUUUAUUUACGCCUUACAGAAACUUAGAUGUUUUACACACGCACAAUUCCUAACUUAAGGAAAUAUUACAAUGAGUUAUGACAAAUGAUACUGCCAAUAAUGCAAAAGUAAGAAAUGGAUUAAACUUGAUUCCUAAAAAUGUAGGAUUCCAUGAUUUGAAAUGUGAGCAGAACAAAGCGGAGCAACAGUUAAACAUUCACGCACUGAUUUAAUAGUGUUUGACAUUUGCAGAUUUUGCGGUUCUUUCUUACAGGGGGACAAUUAACUAUGUUAUACUCCAUUAUUGCAUGACAAAACUCGUGUAAUACCUGUAUCCAUUGUGUUGUGUAUUUUUUGCCAUGUGGAAACCCCAGAUUUCCAGCUUUUUUGGACCAAGGGUGCAUAAACACCUCUUUAUCUCUGUAUAUUUACACUGUCCAAGUAAAUACCUUUGAAAGGACAUGUAUUGUUACUAGAUGGAUGCUUCAGAAUAUUUAAAGUAAGGUUCUGUUACAAGCAGUUGACAUCUUACCUCCAGUAGCAUAAAUCCUUAUUAGUUGGUCCCAGAGGCUGAAGCUAACAGCCAGUCUGACAGAGGCCAUGACCAAAGCAGACCUCCAAUCUCAAAAACAUCAUGGUGGUUUAUGUGGGUGCUCUUUUAUUAACCCUAUAACUGUCAUCAGGUUUGUAUUUUGUGAUUACUUAUAAAGACGAUGGUGGUUAUUUUCACCGGAACAGGAGCUAGAACGUGGUGCACCAUCAGUAAUGUUCUUGCAUUAAACAUGCUUAAGAUUAAAUAUGUAAAGCAUUUCUGGUCAAAAAGCAAAAAUAUUUUUGGUAGUUUAGAAAAUGUUUUAAUUGAUUUUUACUCUGACUCACUUCUCUAGUAGGUGGUUAAUCUGACAAGAUGCUGUAUAUGUGCAGUUCAAGGUGCAUGUUCUGUACAGGAACAUCACUGUGACACCUCCUAUUUCCAUUUGCUGCGAAAAUAAGCAGCCCGACUAAAACAGAGUGACAGUUCAAAACAUGAUCAAAAGCUGCUUGCAUAAACCACUUUGAAGGUUUCAGUACUGGAAUAUUUUUAUUAUGGUAUGAAUCCACUUUGGUCUGGGCUCCCCUCAGAUUACACUUUAGCUUCAGCCUCAUCAACCAACUGAUUUUUAUUUAUACUAAAUGACGAUGCAAAGAUGGUUGUGGGUAAUUUGACAACUGCAACUUCCUAACAAGAACUGCUGUAAAAAUUUCUGAACUAUUUCUUUUUAAUUUAAACCACCUCCUGUUCUACUUUAUGGUAUUAUUCUUAUGGUCUUUCACCGUAAUGUCUGUAAUAGUGUAACUUUAUUUUUGCUUGUACCUCAGUCCUCUUUUUUAUGUCCUGGUUGUGUUUUUACUGUAGUGGUGAUGUAUGUUAUCAUAUGUAAAUGCUAAUCACUGGCUCCUCUCUUGCUUGUAAUUGGUAGUGUGGGCUAAUAAUUCUUUUAUGUAUAUUGCUUUGCUUUGUCUUUUAUUAUUUUCAUAUAGUACAAUAUUCAGAUACACUGAAUAUUGUACUAUAUAUUGUGAGAAUAUUUUGACUGUAGAUACUGACUUGUAAAUAAUCUUAAUGUGCAAAUAUUUUACUCGGUUUUAAUGUUUUUAAUAUUAUGUUGUGUUUCAUUUCUGCAGCUGAAUACUUUUAAUGGAGUAGACCUGUCAUGCUGUGAUCCUGCUGAAUGUUUUUUUGAUUUGACCUUGUGUAAAUAUGUUUCUCAUUCUGCUGGUUGAACCUGUGAUGAUGGAAUUCAGCCGACAAAUUUUAAACUUGGAAUUUAAAUUUG